AUGUGUGGAAACAUAAUUUCAACCUGUUAUAAGUCGAAACGAAAUAAAGAAGAAGUAAUAUCUAAUAUUUCUAAUGAUCCAAAUCGAAUCAGUGGUCACCCCAAUGUAAACUCUUUCUCGACAAAUAAUAAUCUGGGACCAAACCUUUCCUCCGAAAAUAAUAAUGUUGAAUCAACUUCUGCCCCUGAAAAUGAUGAUAUAGAAUUGAAUUCUAUCUCUGAAAAUAAUUAUGUAGAAGACGGAAACAUUUAUGAAUUUAUUGAAGAAAAUAUUGAUGUUAUAACCGAGAAAUUUAAUGAUGACCAAUUAAAAAAUGAUGUUAAAGAAUUUUGGAAAUACGAUAAAGCUUUAUUACAGAGAGAAGCUAAUAUCUCAGCUGGUUUGGAAAAAGAUGAAGUUCCUAUUAGAAAAUCUCACCCACAAGCGUAUCAUGUAAGUCGCUCUUACGAUAAUUUCAACUUUGCACUUCUAAAUGUGGGGAAAAAUGAACCGAAGGUCGAUGCGAUGAUCAUGAUUCAAAAUUUGG